AUGGUUACAGUAGUUAUUAUUUUAUUGCUCUACGGAUUGCUAGCCACCUGUGCCUUGCAGCCUGCGGAUACUAAUGUGCGGAAAACAUAUGAGUACAUGAGCCAGUUGCGGCCAUUGGGAUUGGCAUUUGCUGAGUACUUUAAAAACGCAACUCUGGAGAGCCUGGGCGUAUCCGACUCCAGGUUGGCCAGUGCGGAGGAUAUGUCAUGCUCGGCUGAAUUGGCGGAACUAGGGAAUGGCCUCUCAUCAAGACAAACUUGGGCAUUAAGGAUGAUCGAUUCAUGGGGUUCCCUGCCCAACGGACUUCUGACCGGCAAUUCAAUCGAGCUUGGUAACUUUGAUGAAUGUCUCUCCAUCAACCAAGUGACCGGUGGUCAGAGGAUAGCAGGAAAGUACUGCUUCCUCCUGGCCAACAGUGUGCGGAUAGCAACUUGUUUUCCGGCUUCCUGCUCGUCCACGCAAAUGGAGCCCUUUGUGGAGCAGCUGAUGGCCUUGAUCAACCUGAACAGCUCCAGUGUAGAUAUGAGAAUCAGUGAGGCGAGUUGCCAAACGAGUGAAGUUCAGCCUUGGGAUGGCCUGACUAUUUUCACCAUAGUAAUCCUAUCCUUGAUGGCUGUUUUUGUGGCAUCUGCUACGAUAUUUGAUUACUUCUUGUGCGCGGAGCCCACGACAGUUCCAGCUCUGGUGAAGGCUUUCUCGGCUAGAGCCAACUCUCGCGCACUUUUCCGCAUCGCCCCAAACAAAAGUAACCCACAUGUGAUCGGGUGUUUGCACGGCAUCCGCUGCAUGACACUUUUUUGGGUUAUCUACAGCCAUGAAUUUAUAUUUUCUCUGACAUCACCAAACCUAAACACGAUUGAUUUGUAUUACUGGGCCGCAAAACCGCUUUCCAGUGUUGUGCUGCACGGUUACUUCGCAGUAGACUCUUUCUUCGUCCUGGGAGGUCUUUUGGUAUCUAUGAUAGCUCUACGUUCUAUGGAGAAAACCGGAGGAAGACUAAACCCAGUUUUGAUGUAUCUGCAUCGGAUACUACGGAUUUUACCUGUCGUGGCCAUUGCCAUACUAAUCUAUACGAAAAUGAUGACAGUAGUCAGUGGUGGUCCAAUGUUCAAACACGGUUACCAUGGCAUGGAGUAUUGUGAAAAUGGGUGGCUCUGGACCUUGCUGUUCAUUCAGAACUAUGCAGUGCAGAACAUUUGCCUGGAUCACACUUGGUACUUGGCAGUGGACAUGCAGCUCUUUAUCAUCUCUCCAAUCCUCCUGAUCGCUCUUUACAAAUGGGGCAAGAAGGCGGCUGCUGGAAUUGCAGUUCUCGUGGUUUUGCUAUCCGGCUGUCUUUUUGCUACCCAGAUGGUCAACCACUACUCGAUGCUUAUUAAAAACAACGACGGGGAUGACGAAGUUGCCAACAAAAAAUUGUAUCUAGCCACACACACACACGCUGCUCCCUGGCUUAUUGGAUUCCUAUUUGGCUAUUUUCUGUAUACAAAUCGCGAAAAGAAGUUUCAGUUAAGUAGGCCUACAGUUUGGAUAGGCUGGCUUCUUAGCCUGGCUUUGCUUUUUACAUCGAUCUUCGCUCUAUAUCCGGCUUCCAUGUGGAAUGCUCCUCCUCUUUCCACGCUGGAGGAAUCCCUAUACUACACCCUUACCCGGUUGGCUUGGCCGUUGGCUAUUUGUUGGAUAAUUUUCGCCUGCAUGCAGGGCUACGGUGGCUUGGCCAACAGUUUCCUCUCCACACCCUUGUGGCAGCCCCUUUCUAGGCUUUCCUACUCCGUGUAUAUUUGGCACAUGUUUGUCCAAGAGGUGAAUAGCAGAAAUGUGCGGACUAAUACAUACUUCAGCAACUACUUCGUGAUGCAACGUUUCUUUUAUGACCUUGGCUUUACUGUGCUUAUGUCCUACAUUUCGUACCUAAUAAUCGAAGCCCCGCUGUGUGGAUUUGAUGGUCUUUUGCGGCGACAAAAGAUCCCUUCUGCUACCCUUCAAGCAAACAUUAUGUCUAAUGACAACAAUUUGGAGAACAGAGAACGUGAUGAUCUAAAUGCGCCUGAAAGAAACCCUAUAAAUAUUUCUGAAGUACAUAAAUAA